AUGAGGACCCACACUGGGGAGAAGCCCUACAGGUGCUCGGUGUGCCAAAAAAGCUACACCACCUCCGGCGGCCUCAAAACACACGUGCGUACCCACGGGGGGGAGAAAUCCUUCCAGUGUUCGGAGUGUUCGAGAACCUUCGGGUGUAAGUUCCACCUCAAAAGACACGUGCGCGUUCACACCGAACAAAUUUACAGCCACUGUUCCGUGUGCCAAAAGUCAUUUGUCAAUCCCAGCAACCUAAAGAGGCACAUGAGGGUCCACACGGGGGAGAAGCCCUACAAGUGCUCGGAUUGUCCGGAGUCUUUCAGACAGAAGAUCCAGCUCGAAAUUCACGUGGGCGUCCACACGGGCUUGCCUUAUGGUCGCUGUGACAUCUGUGGAGAGACAUUUUUCGACCCGAGCAAUUUGAGGAGGCACAAGAAGACUCACGCGAAGGAGAAGCCCUACAAGUGCUCCGAUUGUUCGAAGUCAUUUGGUCGCAAGUUUCAUCUCAAGACUCACAUGCGCUUCCACUGCGCCGAUGCGGCCCUUUGUCAGUGCUUCGUAUGCGACAAGCCAUUUAGUAGCCAAAGAUGUCUUAGGACGCACAUGACGACCCACUCUGGGGAGAAGCCCUUCCAGUGCUCGGAUUGUCCGAAAUCUUUUAGACUAAAAAGUACCCUCACGAGGCACAUGCGCGUACACACGGGCAUACCUUAUGGCGAGUGUGCCAUUUGCCUAAGGUCAUUCGUUGGCAGGAGCAAUCUUAUAAAGCACAUGAGGAUCCACAUGGGGGUGAAGCCCUACAAGUGCUCGGUGUGUGAAAAAAGUUUUUCCGUUUCUAGUAAUCUUACGAAGCAUAUGCUGACUCACACGCGUGGAAAGUAA